UACUUCUUCUCUUUCGUCGGUGAACUUUACACAGUCAAACACGUCCGUGUCGUUCCGUGAGCUCUUCGAGAAAAUAUUCAAGUUGAAAUGUAAAAUGGCGUCAGAGUGCUAGUUCCCAAUCCGAAUACAGAAAUUUCACCAAUUUUAUCUGUGGCCGCGACCGUAGCAAGCACUAUCAAAGGGGGCUGUGUAGGCAAUUAUAGGCAACUACAUGGACGCGGCGUGAGACGUGAAGCAGUAAAACUGGCACUCUCCACAAAUAUAAUUUUAUAUAUUUUAUUAUUACAUUUGUAUAACGCGUUUGGCUUGUGGGUCGUGCGGUCGACUGUUGCGGGGUGUGUGUGCGGUGCAAUAUCCUCGCUUUGAUAAAAAUACACGGGAAAACUGAUUUGCGAAAGGUUCCUAGUCGUGGAGAAACGUCAGUGACGAGUGCGAAGCGCGCGAUCGCGCGAAAGCUCGCGUCCGUAAGAGGCUUGCGAAGAAAAUUAGCGAAGAUUGAAGUGCUGGAUCGCGUCGACAAAGUUGUCCUUUCGUCGACGAAUGUCGGUCGGGCGGGAGUGCGCGGAUUGUGCGAGUGACCGCGGCUAGUGCUGUGCAGGGCUCCCUGGCGCGUUUGGACCGGGGGAGUAGUGGAGUGCCGCGGGGCUACGAAGUGGCUUGGCGCCGUUCCCGCCUUGAGGUGUUCCCCUAGACGGGCAACCGUGGAAAAGUUGAUUGGCGCACCUAAGGCGACUCGCGAGUCCUAACCGUAGCCGUACUGAAGUGAAGGAAGUGGAUUAAGUGCUAGGGAAAUGUGUGCCGCCCAAAGCAACGCGACCCAGAGUUUCGGGUACACCUGGGGCUUCGCAGAUAACUCGCGGACGGAGUCUGUGGUGGAGAUUUCACCGAAUAUCAACUACACUGUGAGCAGCGAAGCGAUGCCUUAUCUACAACUUGCAGAUGGGAUAACUGUCCAAAAGGAUUUGAAAGGUACUAUUGCUCACACAAAUAAAGGAGUUGUCCGGAGGAUGUUUGUGGUGAAUGAUGCUUUCCCAGGAGCAACACAACGCGUCAUCACAACAGGAGGUACAGCAAUAAAAAAACAGGACGUUAUAAGCAUAGGAAUCGAUAAGAAUUAUCAAUCAGAUCAAUCUCAUUCUAUAGCAAAUGGCAUCCUUGAUACAAAAACACAAACGAUCUUGACCACCACAAGCGGAGGUAAGACACAUUUCAGUCCCAUUGGCCCGCUGCACCUUACUGCUGAAGAAUGCAACGAAAUUUUAAUGAAACGGGCUAUGGCGGCAUCAGCCCAAAAUCAUGCGAUUACCAGUGCAGACGGUCAACAUGCAGAUGACAUUUUGCCAGGAAUAUCUGUACAAGUUCAGAAAGUAAUCCAAGGUUUAGAAGACACCGAAGAUUCUCAAGCGACUUCCUCAACACACUGCAAAUUGGAACCGGUCCUAGAGAUUUCACCUAAAGUUGAACUACCAGAUCCAGAGCAAACUCAAACUGCGACCACAGUGGUGAAAGAGAGACCUUAUUCUUGCGAAGAAUGUGGAAAAUCAUUCUUGUUGAAGCAUCAUUUAACUACCCAUGCACGAGUUCAUACUGGGGAACGUCCUCAUGUGUGCGUUCACUGCGGGAAGAGUUUUGCUCAUAAGCACUGUCUAAAUACACAUUUGUUGUUGCACUCGACUGACAGGCCGUAUCAGUGCAGUGAGUGCAAGAAAAGUUUCACUUUGAAACAUCAUCUUCUAACUCAUUCACGAGUGCAUAGCAGAGAAAGGCCAUUUGUUUGCCAGGAAUGCGGUCGAUCGUUUCCCCUGAAAAGACACUUAGUCACGCAUAGUAAAUUCCACGCCGGAGAACGACCUUAUGUUUGUGAAGAAUGUGGAGAAAGCUUCGCGCAAGAAAAUCACCUUAUUAUGCAUUCAAGAUUUCAUGGUUCCUUAAACCCUUUCGUUUGUGGAGAUUGUGGUGCUACUUUCCCUAGGAAGUUUCAGCUGGUAAAUCACGGGCGUAUUCAUGGAAAGGUGCCGCAUUCUUGUACAGUUUGUGGGAAGGAAUUCCUGCAAAAACGAACCUUAAUUUCUCAUAUGCGAAUCCAUACUGGCGAUCAGCCUUACCCUUGCACCGGAUGUGGUGAUGGCUUUCCAACAAAGGCUGAAUUAAAUCAACAUAUUCGAAUGAUGCACGGAGGCAUAAAUCCAAACUCUGCCAGUACAACUGUUGUGGCGGGACACGUGGUAGCUGCAACUCAACAGCAGCAACAACAACAGCAACAACAACAGCAGCAGCAACAACAGCAGCAGCAGCAACAACAACAACAGCAGCAACAACAAUCACAAACACAACAGGCACAAACCAUACACGUAAAUCUACAGCAUCAACCACAACAGCAACAACCGCAAACCGUUACAGUAGUUAGUAAUCCUAACAAUGCUUUAGUGACAACCAUCGCAGCCUCAGACUCUGCAGGCAGGCCUCAAUACGCUUGCCGUGAAUGUGGGAGUGCCUUUAAUAGUCGUGAAGCUUUGGCUCUUCAUUUGCGACUGCAUACCGGUGACAAAAGCUUAAUGACUGACUUGUGCGCAUUAACUGCUGCUUUGCCGGGCCAUUUUCUAAAUCCUUCGAAUAUAAAUCAAGGUAUGGCGACGGUGGUUGCAGCAAAUCAAACUGUGGUGUCUCCAAAUGCGGUACCAGUACAAAUAAUUUCAUCAACUGGGCAAGUAGUUAGUCAAGCUGUAGUGCAGAGUACUCCACAACAGGCAAAUGUUAUGACGGCUGUGCAACCAAUUCAGAGUGCUCCUAAGCCGAAAACGCAUUUUUGCGUGAGUUGCGGAAAAGGAUUCGCGGCGAAACAUGGCCUCUUACAACAUAACCGCCGACAUCCGAAUGGUUCAUGUACCCUUCGUACCCACGUUUGUGAGUGUGGAAAGGCUUUCUUCCAAAAGAAUCAUCUCAUGUUACAUCAACGGCAACAUCUGGAAACGAAACCAAAUACCCAACAGAUAACACAAAGCGAAACCCCCCAACAGGAAGCAUUGAAUCAGCAGCAGCAACAGCAGCAAUCACAACAAAACGCCCAGCUAGCCAAUCAACAAACACAACAAGCUCAAACGCAGCAGCAUACGAUGACUCGUGAGGUGCUGAUUGGAAACCAGCCAGUACACGUGCAGGUUCUGCAAGGCACAAACACGGCACAGGUUAUUAAAUAUGAAAUCAAUAUACCCCAAGAGGCACAAAACUUGGAGUGAAAUCGUGAAAUGUAUCUUUUAUGUACAAGAACGUGAAGUAAUCAUUACGUGUGAACAUUAGUUGUAUGGUGGUUUCGGAUUUGAGAGGUUAGCUUUUGAAUUGCGUGUUGAGCUAUGGAUGGCUUUAAGUUUGUAUGUAAUUGAAUCAAAGAUGCCUCAAAGCUACUGAAACUUGUAUCAGGGAUGGUUUGAUAAGUAACUAAACUCAUAUUGUGUUGAAAGAUAGAAACAUGGCAAACUACUGUGUUACCUGGUGAAUCUCCAAAGUUGAUGUUGGAAUGGAAGUCGGUAAUUUGAUUUAUUAACUAAAUAUAUGGAAUAGUACGAGAUGGUCUGUUAUCGUUAUAUUCGUCUGUUCCGUGUUAGAAGUUAAUAGUUGAGUUCACCAAACUUAUCACCAAAGUACCAUUCCCUAUUUUAAUUAAAUCACUCAUGGUACAUCAUCUGCCCUAACAGUAAUUCUUUAUAAUUAUGACGAACUAAUUUAAAAAACUUAUGUGGCCAUCCAUGCAACAAGGGUAAGAAGCAGUGAGGUAUAGUGCUCGGAAGUGCUCCGAGUAAUAGUGGGACAUUAUCUGCCCAGAAGUGUUUGUGAUCGAAUCCCAGAUGGAUAUACGAGAAUAUAGUGUAAAUAAAGAAAAACAAAGCUAAGAGAAUAAUAGAUUUCAUGUACUGCUCUUCUGUUACCCACUACGGGAAAUGUAGUCCAUUGAAUAAACUCUAGCUGCAAACGCGGAAAUAAUAAGUCACAUCGCGAAGAAUACAUAGUAGAUAGUAAACCUAUUUUUAUAUGUAAUGGACAGUGAAUUUAAUUAGAAAUUGCACAUUUAAGAUCAUUACUGGAAUAUAUUUUUAUGUAAUAAGGAUAAAAGAAAACGCUGAACCUGUCACUACUAUUAACCGCAUUUGAUAAAAAAUAGCGUUAAAAUCCUUACCCUUAAACCCGAUACAGAAAUUUAAUAUAAUGAAGCUAAGAUAUACAAUAACUUUAGAAGCGUUGUAAAUAAAUUGUAAGUUUAAAGUAGAUUCUUAAUCGGUUUAAAACUGUUUUAAUUAGAUGAUAUCCAAUCGGAGAUUGCCAGCAUGCAAUAUAUUUGUUUUCACAA